AUGUCGGGGCGCCGCCUUCUCGACAUCAUUACGGUCGUUAAUGUCACGCGCAACGUUGCUACAAAACACAUCUCCCUGCAAGGAAAAUACCUCGAUAUACACUCGCGCACGUCAUCAUUAACGAAAGGUGCAAAAUCUCAGGCUCACCAAAUCAGCCGUGCGAUCAAAGCUGCGGCGGACCUAGCGCAAAGACUAGACGGCACGCCGACCGUGGAACUGAGAGAGAAUGUUGCGAACACAACAAAUUCAACAGAAGAUGAGAAGCAAAGCCCUUCCAUACGAGAAUCACGGGAUGACACCUCUGGUGCCAAAUCUGUGAAUAGCGCUGCACCUGCGAAUACCACUUCAGCAGCGACUGGGGCCUUCGAACAACAGCACACAAACAACAUAGUGUCGUCGGGACAAGUGGAACUACCGGAAAUAACACAAAGAAUACAGGAGACGACUCAGAUCUCGGAAGAUUGUCAAACUGGCCCAACCUCGGGGUCUACACAAUGCAAUGGGGUUGAUGGUCAAGAUGACCUUCCAGACCACAUGAUGAAGCAGCUUUUUCGCAGCCACAAAAUGUCACUCGCAGGCUUUCCUUCUAAGCCCCAUAACCCCAUUGAUAUGCUUGAGAAUACAUCCGUACGCGCACAGGGGGUUGCUGUUCCAAUUGAGGCAGCAGGUAUCUCCACUCCUACCACCCUUGCUGCACCAGUAUCAGAGAAAUUUUCCCCACCAGAAGUAUUGGAACAGACUGAGACAAUUUUAAAUGCGGAAACGGAAAAAACACAAAAAAGGGAGUAUCGAAUGGCAGAGUCUCGGGUGCCUUCUUCUCGCUUAGGGCGGCUUUGGGAAUAUGGUGGUCUUGCAACAUCAAUGGCUAUUGGGGUAAUGGGUGAGAGCAUACGUCGGGUCGCCCGCAGUAAUGAUACAAACUCAGGCUCAUUGUUAUUGAGUCCCGCCAAUGUUGAACGACUAGUGGCAAAGCUAUCCAAGAUGAGAGGUGCUGCUCUCAAGCUUGGGCAAAUGAUGAGUUUUCAAGAUUCAAAAAUGCUUCCCUCGACAAUCCAGGAAGUUCUUCAGCGUGUUCAGGAUAGGGCAGAUUACAUGCCUGCUUUCCAACGUGAUAAAGUCCUUAGCGAUAAUCUGGGGCCGAAAUGGAGGGAUCUAUUUGACACAUUUGACGAAGUUCCAAUCGCUGCCGCAUCUAUCGGCCAAGUACACGCUGCUAUCUUGCGGGAGACCGGCCAGCGAGUGGCGGUCAAAGUGCAGUAUCCAGGAGUCGCUAACUCCAUUGAUUCAGACCUGAAUAAUCUUUCGAUCCUUUUGACAGCCUCUCGGCUACUUCCUAAAGGCUUGUAUCUUGAUAAGACCAUAGCCAAUGCACGCACUGAACUUGCUUGGGAGUGCGACUAUAUCCGCGAGGCCGACUGUGGUCGAAAAUUCAAAGACCUUCUGCAAGACGAAACAUCUACCUUCACCGUGCCCGAGAUAAUUCCAUUUGCAUCUGGAAGACAGGUUCUAACCAUGGAACGUCUGGAUGGGGUAGCAGUGACAAAAAUUCAAAACUUCACCCAAGCUCAGCGUGACUGGAUUGGUACUCAAAUUCUUCGCCUUUGCCUUCGUGAGAUUUGCGAAUUCAGGUACAUGCAAACGGAUCCAAACUGGACUAAUUUCCUUUACAACGCUAAGACCAACCGUCUUGAACUCCUGGACUUUGGCGCCUCGCGUGAAUAUCCUAGUUCGUUCAUCAAAACCUAUAUCCGUACUCUUGUCGCGGCAUCUCGCAACGACAGGAAAUUAUUACAAGAGCUUUCUACCAAACUUGGUUAUCUAACUGGCUUUGAAUCUCAAGCUAUGACUAACGCACACCUCGAGUCCAUACUCACCAUUGCGGAACCAUUUAGACAAAGCUCUCCUUAUAUCUAUGAUUUCAGUAAUCAGACGAUAACGGACCGUGUGAGGCACCUCAUCCCGCUAAUGUUAAACGAAAGGCUAUCACCGCCACCGGAAGAGACGUAUUCAUUGCAUAGAAAACUAAGUGGCGCAUUCCUACUAUGCGCGAGACUAGGUAGCCGAGUUCCAUGCAGAGAAUUAUUUGAGAACGCGUUAAAAAGGGUCCAGUGGGAUGAAUAA